AUGAUUCAAAAUGAUAUUGCUUUGCCUCCGACCAUAGGAGAGGAUGACACUCCAAAGUCCAGGGAGUCUGUUGCUACUGUUGCUUCAUCGCACACUAUAUCGACAGCAACGGGCCCUACAACCACAGCUAGCACCACCACCACCACCAACAACAACAAACACAAACACAAUAACACUAGUAACAGCAGCAGUAGCCAUAAUAGCAAUGCAAACCAAAUACAUUCUCAAUCCAAGAGUAUAUGGAUUUUCCCAGAAUCACAAGUACUAAAUCGCACACCUAGUCGAAUACAAUCAAGAAUUACAUUACCACAAGAACUUCGGAUAAAAGAAUCAAUGCAUGAGUUUGUUAUACGACUAGGCACGAAACUAAAAGUUGAUGGUCCAACAUUACUUGCAACUACAGUCUAUUUACAUCGAUAUUACAUGCGACUUCCACUUUCAUCUUCGAAGUAUUAUGUUACUUCAGCUGCAUUAACCAUUGCUUGCAAAUUGAAUGAUAAUUAUCGCCAACCGGAUAAAGUCAGCUUGUACGCAUGUAAUGUCAAGAACCCACAUCCUCCAGUGAUUAAAGACAAUGUUAAACUACCUCCUCCUCCUAUUGAUGAACAAAAUGAAUAUUAUUGGAAAUGGAGAGAUCAGUUAUUAUAUCGUGAGGAGUUGAUUCUUCGUAAACUUCAAUUCAAUUUAAAUUUCACAUCACCUUAUUUACUCCAAUUUAAAAUUUCAAACAAGAUGCAUCUAGGUAUGGGUCAUUUAUUAUACAACAAGAGGAAAGAUAUCUUAAAAAUGACAACAACACUAAUCGAAUUAUUAUCAAGUUUACCGAUCAUACUAUGUUACGACAUGAAGGAAAUUUUCGCCACAUGUUUUGUAAUCACCAUUGUUGAAGGUAAAUCAAGAUUUGAUAAAGAUUUACAAAUACCGGAAAAUUUCCUACCACUGAUUAUUGGAGUUGAUGUGGAUGUGGCUCUACAUUGUUUUCAAUUUAUAAAAAAAUUGUUGCAUUGUUCACAGGGAGAUUCGCAUGUGAUUAGUAAUAAAGCAGCUGCUAAACGAUUGUUGCCGAUUAAAUCACAUUAUUUUGAAGAUGUCGCUCGAGGAAAAUGA